AUGCAACCAGAAUCCACCAGGCAUGUGUAUGGACCUCAGCCAUGGAUCGGGAGGGUGCUCCAGACCCAGACAGGGGCCACACGGGAUCAGAGCAGCCAGGAUGGAGGGCCCUGCGAGCCGAGGCCCAACAUGAUGACCCCGUCCCCCCCUACAGCUGACCCCUACCACCAAGGCAACGUCAGGAUGACCCUGGAGAAGGCUGACCUCUGGAAGUCCUUCCACAACCUGGGGACUGAGAUGAUCAUCACCAAACAUGGCCGGAGGAUGUUUCCCCACUGCAACGUCAGUCUAUCUGGACUCCAACCCUACACCAAUUAUGUCCUCAUGGUGGAAAUGGUUCCUGUGGACAACUUCAGAUACAGGUGGAAUAAGGGCCAGUGGGACAUGGCUGGGAAAGCCGAGCCCCAGCUCCCCUGUCGGACGUACGUGCAUCCAGACUCCCCCACCCCGGGCUCCUACUGGAUGAAGCAAUCGGUGUCCUUCCUCAAGCUCAAACUCACCAACCAUACUCUGGACCAGCACGGCCAUAUCAUCCUGCACUCUAUGCAUCGCUACAUCCCACGCUUCUCUGUGGUCCAGGCUGACAGUCUGUACAGUGUGCGCUGGGGACACUUCCAUUCCUUCUCCUUCCCUGAGACCUCCUUCACUGCAGUCACUGCCUACCAGAACACUAAGAUCGCUAAACUGAAGAUUGACCACAACCCCUUUGCUAAAGGAUUCAAAGGGGAGAACACCCGUACUCAUAGCAAGAGGUAG